CACCUAACACAUUUAUUUAACUACUCAACACAGAUCACAGUUAAGGCACUACCACAUACUACUACAACCAGUCAACCUCCAGUCAACCCCUUGCUUACCAUCUGUUCCUUCAGAUCUCAUCACUUCUCUUCAGAAACAUGGCUGCUGAAGCUGUUUUGUCUUCCGUUCUUAAUGUUGUUUUUGACAGGAUGUCCUCCCCUGAAGUUGUUAACUGGAUCAAAGGGAAGAAGCUUACUCACAAGCUCAUUGAAAGGUUGAAGACUAAUCUUUAUGCUGUUCGAGCCUUUCUCAUCGAUGCUGAGCAGAAGCAGAUCAAGGAAAGACCUGUCAAGGAAUGGCUUGAUAGUCUCAAAGAUGCCAUGUAUGUUGCUGAUGACUUGCUGGAUGAAGUCUUCACCAAAGCUGCCACUCAGAAGGAUCCAGGUACCUUCCUCUCUCGUUUUCUCAAUUUGCAAGAUAGGGAUGUAGCAAACAGGAUGGAGGAAGUCAUUGAUAGGAUAGAGUCUCUUGUGAUUCAAAAAGACACUCUUGGUCUCAGAGAGAUUCCUAAGGAGAACAUGUCAUGGAGGAUCACUACAUCUCUAGUUGAAACAUCUGAUGUAUGUGGCAGGGAAGAAGACAAGGAGGCCAUAGUAAAACUCUUGUUGGAUGAUGAUGGUGAUGAUACUGGUGGUCAUAGUGAUGUAUCUGUGAUUCCCAUUGUGGGCAUGGGUGGGAUAGGAAAGACUACUUUGGCCCAAUUGGUUUACCAAGAUGGCAAAGUGAAGGAGAAUUUUGAUUUUCAAGCUUGGAUUUGUGUGUCAGAAGAGUUUGAUGUUUUCAAGGUCACCAAGACUAUCAUCGAGGCAAUAACUUCAAGUUUUUGCAGCUUGACAGAUUUAAAUUUGCUUCAGCAUGAUUUAAAAGAAAAAUUAUCAAGGAAGAAGUUCUUUGUUGUCUUGGACGAUGUAUGGAGUGAAAGUUAUGAUGAUUGGAAUAAACUUCUAAAACCUUUUCGAAAAGGGGUCAAGGGAAGUAAAAUUCUCAUAACUACUAGAAGUAAAAGAGUGGCUUCGGUGGUGCAAACUGUUUCACCUUAUGAACUGAGCUUAUUGUCUGAGGAAGAUUGUUGGUUAGUGUUUUCAAAACAUGCACGUCUCCCAACUGGUUCUAUGGAGAAUCCAACCUUGAAAAAAGUCGGCAAAGAUCUCGUAAAGAAGUGUGAUGGAUUGCCCUUGGCAGCUCAAGCCCUUGGAGGCUUAUUGCGUGGAAAUUUUGAUGUCAUCGCCAUUUGUCACAUAAUGCCAAAGGCAAUUAUCCAAUCUCAAAACUUUUGGGAGUUUGUGACCGAGUAA